AUGCAUCAAGAUCAGCCACAGCGUCUUUUUCGGGCGCGAAUUAUCGCCAGCGUUGCAGCUACCACUCUAUCCCUGGCUUGCGGCACCAAUUAUGUCUACUCAGCCUGGGCUCCGCAAUUCGCUGAAAGACUGAAGCUCUCAUCCACUGAGAGCAAUUUGAUUGGUCUUUCUGGCAAUCUAGGCAUGUACACCUUGGGAAUGCCUAUAGGUAUUUUCGUCGAUCAUCAUGGUCCACGACUUGCUGUUCUUGGCGGAGCUAUUCUCAUGCUCUUGGGUUACUUCCCUCUUCAUCAAGCCUAUCAACGCGCCUCCGGGUCAGUGAUGCUGCUGUGCGUCUUUUCUUACAUGACUGGCUUGGGUGGUUGUAUGGCAUUCUCUGCGGCUGUCAAGACAUCCGCUCUCAAUUGGCCAAAACAUCGAGGAUCGGCCACGGCUUUUCCCUUGGCCGCCUUUGGCUUGAGUGCUUUCUUCUUCUCCUUCCUCGGUGCUGUGUUCUUUCCUGGAGAUCCCAGCGCGUUCCUUGAGCUCCUUGCUUGGGGUACCUUCGGCCUUACGUUUGGCAGCUUCUUCUUCCUCAAGGUCCACCACGAGCAAGUCGAGUAUGAGGCAGUGCCUGGCUCGGACGACAGCCAAAUCAUUCCAUCCGCCGAUUCUCAGCAAUCUCGACCCGGCUCUUCAGAUGAGCCAAAACCCUACCGCUCGAGCAGAGCGGAGGUUGAACCCGCCGGUUUAUCAUCUUCAUCUGCCACCGCCCCGGAUCCGACGGGCUCUCCUGGAUUUCCAUUUGCGCCUGAAUUUGGCCUCGUGGUCGCCCCCGAGAAUCCUGAGGACCUCGAGGUUGGCGAGACGUCUCCUUUGACAUCCCGUACCUCAUCACGUGUCGAACAACCCCUUCUUGGAAACCAUGAUAUUAAUAGCCAUGGAUCUCACCAUGUAGAUAUCCGAGGUCUCGCUCUUGUACGCAGCGUCAGUUUCUGGCACCUUUUUGUUAUCAUGGGUAUUUUGGCUGGCGUGGGUCUUAUGACCAUUAACAACAUCGGAAACGAUGCCAAGGCUCUUUGGAAACAUUACGAUAAAAAUGUUACCGACGAUACUCUUGUUCACCGACAGCAAAUGCAUGUGUCGACUUUGUCUAUCUGCAGUUUCUUAGGUAGACUAUCAAGCGGCGUCGGCUCCGAUUUCUUGGUCAACCGGCUCCAUGCUAGCAGGCUCUGGUGUCUUGUGAUCGCGUGCGCCGUCUUCAUAUUCGCUCAAGUGUGUGCCUUGAAUGUCGAAGACCCGCACUUACUCGGGCUUGUCUCGGGUCCGUCAGGUCUCGCCUAUGGUUUCCUCUUUGGUGUAUCUCCAUCUCUUGUCGCAGAAACAUUUGGUGUUCGAGGACUGAGCCAGAAUUGGGGCUUCUUGACCAUGGCUCCCGUUAUUUCAUCCAACAUUUUCAACAUAUUUUAUGGCAAAGUCUACGAUCAACACAGCGUUGUCGGGCCGGGCGGCGAGAGGUCCUGCCUGGAAGGACUUGGAUGCUAUCGUUCAGCCUACUGGGUCACUUUGAUUUCCUGUUGUGCUGGAACCGGCCUCACCCUUUGGGCCAUUCGGCACCGACAUGCUAAGGCUCUGAGGGCUAUGAACAAAGGCGAGGAAGAGGAUUAA